CAGGGCUUCCAGGCCCAAGUCGAACUUAGGUUUGAUCUGAAGAGAGACAGAACAACGAGGCUUCCCGUAGCCGGAAGAGGGAAGAAGCCACUCCGAAGUCUGAGUGUUCCGAGCCCCGAAGAUCCAGACCGGCCACACUGUCCUCCUUUUGAAAUAAACAUGAUCACAUGUGGCUUUUUUCCUUUCUUGCUCUCUCCACUAUUUGCACUAGUUGCCAUCAAGGAAACUUCCCAACAUACCAGAUACCAACACGCGAAUAUGCCAUCCAAUACCGCCAGACCCUUUGCCAAUGGUCCAUGUUGUCAUCCUCAUUAACUAUCAUGAUCAGGCCAGCGAUAGGGGGACGUGAUGGCAGACGGACAAGCAGGACCUUGUUAACCUCUUCCCGGCCGUCUUUGUGUUCCUGUGGCCGGGCCUCGAAUCAUUCACUUGUUCUAGUCUAAUCCAUUGGCUGCCUCAAUUUCUUCUAUGCUUGCUCUCUAUUAGAGCAAAAUAUGGCAAAAAAAUCCACGCCGUCUAUUCUAG